UCGCGCACUCGGCUCGCGCAGGAAGCAGCUGUCGUGUCGCGCACGCGCGGUGGCUGUCGACGCUGACAGCAGUCAGGUGGUGCGGGAGUGACAGUGACUCGGCGUGACCAUAGUGGCGUGCAGUAGUGACGUGUUUACGACCCGGCCAGCUCGCAGGUACUUCUCCUUCGGGGCGUGACCUAACUCAAUGCAAUUAUGCGUGAGAAUCAUUUCGUUUGACUAACACCUACCGUAUCGCCGUAAUACCAACGCAGUAACGUAGCAGGUGAUCUGUAAUGCAUUUCGCCACCUUUUUGUACAUCCUUAUUUCUGAUGAAUGACUUUGCCCCAGAAGUACUUUAGAGACUACGAUACAUCGUCAAUGCAAUGAGUCUGUACUUGAAGUUGCUACCAAGAAGUUUACUAAACCUUAUCAAGAAACAAGCGCACAGGAAUUUUAAAAGACUUCAUAUAAAGACUCCAAUUAUUAUUGUACGGUGACCUUACGCCGAUCAUCGUACUUCAGUUCACAAAAUUUCUCAGAAAAUUUUGCAAUAAUAUGUUGAUGAAUUCAUGCUAUCAAACAUGUUGGCCUAGUAGUAAAUUAUUAUAGAUAUCAAUGUUUACAAAAAAUUUGUACACGGUAGUCCUCUAGUAAUCAGUAUUUACAUAAGUCGCGAUACAUUGUUACUCUGAUAAUUAUUAAAAGAGAUACAUUCACAGAUGAAUUGGGCAUCAGAAAUAACAUUCUUUUACAACCAUGAAAAAUCUGAAUGCUGAAUGGUUGAAGCAGAAUUAGUUUGCCGAACAAUUCUUAAAAGUGUAACAUUACAAUAAUACCAGUGCAAUAAGAAUGGUGUGAUAGCUAUGUAAGCGGUAGUUAGUCGGAGGCCUUAUAGCCAUGUGUGACAUUCAGAAGAAGUUUCUGUGCCCGCGACUGGUGGACUACCUGGCGAUAGUGGGUGCUCGGCCCUCGGGCGGGGGGCUGGCAUCUCGUGGGGGCUCCUCCCCGCCGGUCCAGACUCCCGAGCUGCUCCGGAGGUACCCCACCGAGGAUCACAAGGACUUCCCCAUGCCCCUGGACAUGGUGUACUUCUGCCAGCCGGAGGGCUGUGUGUCAGUGGGGCCUCGCCGGAAUGCACUCCGGGAAGCCACGUCCUUCGUGUUCAUGCUCACCGAGAAAGACUCGGGUAAAUGUCGGUAUGGCAUAUGUGUCAAUUUCUAUCGCCCAAUUGAACGUGCCUCGCCGGGUGCGACGUCUGCAAACUCCAGAAGAGGAAGGCAUUCGUCAACUUUUCGUCGAGAGUCGUGGAGAAAGAGCAUGGAGAAGAGCUCGGAUUCCGCAUUUUCCAGUCGUAUUUUUGGUGGCAGCGACUACCGCAGCAGUAACGUGGGCCCCAGUGAUUCUGACAGGGACUGCCCCAGCCGGAGGGACUCGGAGACGUCCCACCAGGUGUCCCACCAGCACCUGGGGCCCCCGCCCCGGCUGGGGGUCACCGCCCCCAGCAACGACUCGGAGAGCGGGGGCUCCCACUCCCCUUCCCCGAGGGCCAGUCGUCGCAGGCAGAGAGUCAGAAGCCACUCCCUCACUUCUCUGUGUCUGUUAUCGCAUCACCCUUUUUUCUCCAUAUUCCGCGAGUGCUUGUUCAUCCUGAAGAAGCUCAUCGAUGCCUGCAACGAGAACACGUCUCCCAGAAGAGUUGGGGCUUCCAGACAGAUCUCAAGGGAUACGGUGUGGAGUUGUUUGACGGGUAAAGCGUAUGAUGGAACACCAUCAAUUGUGCUGCAUGAUGUCCGAGAAAUUGAGACGUGGAUUUUAAGACUCCUCAGUGCUCCUGUGCCUGUCCCAGGGAAAACAAGAGUAGAGAUUGAGGUGCUGUCGCCAGCUCUUCACCCACCGCUUAUGUUCGCCUUGCCUGAUCACACUCGCUUCUCGUUGGUCGACUUCCCCUUGCACCUGCCCUUGGAGCUGCUAGGCGUGGACAUUUGCCUGAAAGUGCUCACGCUGAUCCUGCUCGAGAACAAGCUGGUUCUUCAGUCUCGUGACUACAAUGCUCUAUCAAUGUCUGUGAUGGCAUUUGUAACAAUGAUUUAUCCCCUGGAAUAUAUGUUUCCUGUGAUACCACUCCUGCCAACAUGCAUGAGCUGUGCGGAACAGCUCUUGUUGGCACCAACACCUUAUGUGAUCGGAAUCCCUGCAAGUUUCCUCAUGUACAAAAAGAAUUUCAGGCUUCCAGAUGAUGUGUGGCUGAUAGACUUGGACUCGAACAAGAUCACGCCUCCAUCCGGCAUAGCGGAUGACCUGCCGAGCUUACCAGAACCGGAAGGAACCAUUCUGAAGAACCACUUGAAGCAGGCGAUGCAACUCAUGGACCAGGUGGGCUCUGGAGCGCUCAGCAGCAUGUCCCUGGCGGCGGGGGGUGCAGCCAGGGAGGGCCCCCCCCAGCCUCCCGGCAGGACGCAGCCGGCGGGCGGGCGGAGGGAGUCGGUGGCCGGGCAGGAACACCGCCCGGCGGGGCCGCCUGCCCCGGGCUUCAACCCGCUCAUAUACGGCAACGACGUGGACUCUGUGGACGUGGCCACCCGGGUGGCGAUGGUGAGGUUCUUCAACUCUCAGAACCUGCUAGCAAACUUCACGGAACACACACGCACGUUGCGGCUCUACCCUCGACCAGUUGUGGCCUUCCAGAUAAACAGCUUCCUGCGGUCUCGCCCCAGGACGUCCCAGUUCCUAAACAAGUUUGCCAGAACUCAGGCAGUGGAGUUCCUGGCCGAGUGGUCUCUCACCCCGAGCAACGUUGCCUUUCUCCGAGUUCACACGGGCGUGUUCGACCCCACGCUCGUCGGGGACAAGUCCAAGUGGUACGCCCACACUCUGGACCCGAUCCGCUUCGUGGUGUGGGACGAGUCCAGCUCGCUCAGCGGAGCCUUGCGCUCUCUGAAGCAACAGGAGCUGCCUACAGAUGAGAGUGGUUCGGAUUCAGAAGGCGCUGAAAGCACUAGUUCAUCAUACUCAUCAUUAAGUGACUUUGUGUCAGAAAUGGUGUCAUCAGAUCUUUCACCUAGCUUCCAGUCGUCGGUGCCUCACCAGGACAUGUACACCUCGGUGACCAUCCCUCCCCAGCGCAUGUCGCUGUCGAGCGGUCUGGACCCCAAGCUCGUGUACCACCCGCCGUCGGAGCUGCAGCUGCCCGGCUCGACGCUCGGCGUGCAGGCCGAGGCCAGCCGGCCCGGGUCCCCUCAGUCCACGUCGUCCAGCCACAGCGACCUCAGCUCGCCCAGCUUCAACCGCGACUCGGAGCUGGAGUUCGGGGCUCGACUGCGAGGCGAGACGCCUGCCGUGCCGCUGCCUGUCCGGACGGAUGCUGUGGAGGAGGUGGCCAGUCCGGGAGGAGAGUCCGACUCCAACUCCACGACGACCACGCCGAAGACGGUGGUCAGCAACCAGUCGUCCCUCCCCCACCACUCGCCCACGCCGAGCCUGGGCAGCGAGGCCUCGCUCGCCAGCUCCGACCGGGAGCGGCCCAGCACGCCCAAGACCGCGCCCCGCUUGGCCCGCUCCAUCACUCCCGCCCCGCCCCCCAGCCCCGGGCCCCAGAGGCAGCCCAGCAUCGGCAAUGUCCUGGCCAGGACGUCGAGCUUCGGGUCGCCGGGCGGUGGGGUGACCCGCCAGGGCAGCCAGACCUCCCUCUUCGAGCAGUUCGCGGUGUCCGCCAAGGAGCUGGUGAGGGAGACGACCCGGCAGAGCAGUCAGGACGGCUUGCUGGCCCACAUGGACAAGUUGAAACUGCAAGCUAAGGGGAAACUAGAGGCUACAAACGAAGAUGGAAGUCUGUUUGCACCCUUAGAGCAGUUCACUAUUCAAGCUAAGAAAGCUGCAGAAGAGGCAUCAAAGUCUGUCCAGGAGGCGUCGAAAACAGCCCUGGAGGCAAGUAAGACAGCUGCAGGUGUCAGCAAGAACACAUUUGAGGAUCUUACUUAUGUCGGGAAGAGCACGUUUGGAGACUUGACGAAGAGCGCCAAAGAAGCUGCUUCCAAGAAAGGUCUAUUAAAAGCACUGGGGGAGUCGCGGGAGGCGGGCUCGCACCCCAGCCAGCCACAAGCCAAGCCCCACCAGCUGCCGCUCCCUCCCUCCUCGUCCCCGGCGCACCACGCCCCCAGCACGUCGCUCGUGCAGACCGACAUGAGCCGUGCGGCCGGCCGCGACCUGCUGGGCUCCACCAGCCGCGACUUCUUCUCCAACAUGAGCUCCGAGCUGAACGGCAUCGCAGCACAGACCUCCAGCAUGUUCAGUGGCAUAUUCGGCAGUAAAGGCAGUAGCUCGACGAGUCCACGCAGCGGCAGCCCGAGUGCGACAGCCGCGGCGACCAAACCCAAGGAGAAAGCUCAGCCGUUCGGUCCGUUCCCCAAAGGUCGGAAGGGUCUGGUGGAGAAGUCAUCGCUGAUACGGCACACGACCACCAAGACCCGCCAGGAAGAGCUGCAGCGGAUGCAGAAUGCAGAGAGGUCCACUACUAAUGCAGAAAACCAGGCCUUCUUGAAGGAUGUAGUCAAUCAAGUGCUGGAUGGUGAAGGUGUGGGUUGGUUGAAAUUGAAUCGUUUAAAAAAACUAAUGGAGGAUGAAAGUUACCGCAACUUUGUGCUCAGUAAGCUUAACAAAACUCUGGACAGGAAGAUCAGCCCUGAUGAUCAUAUAGAUGACAUUUGCGUGAGCCGUGCCGUGUGGAAGGGCAUGCUCAAGACACUGCUGGCGGUGGUGCACGGGCUGGAGCAGACGUACGCCAACUUCGGGCUGGGAGGGAUGGCGUCGGCCUUCCAGGUGCUGGAGAUAGCACACACCCACUACUGGACAAAGGACCUGGGCGAGGCCACCGCCAUGGACCUGGGCGGUGGCACGGCCGCCAUGUCCCAGGCUUCAAGUCCAUUUGGCAGUCGUGAGAAUUUGAAGUCCCCUCAAAGUCCUCAAGGGUCACCGCUACCACCAUCCCUUGAGUACUAUCAAGAUGCAUCGAGGAAGCCCUCACAGGUGUAUGAUGCCCCUCCUUCGGUGAGGCUGUCUCAUGAGCCAUCUCAAGGUGGCGGCCCCGAAGAAGGCGACGGUCACUCGACAACGGACAUGCUGAGGGAUUUGCUCAACCAGAAGAGGAACUUGCUGAUCUCGAAACUAACGUCUAUCGACUCAGAGACGGGCGGGGCAGAGAGCACGAUUCACGGCUCCACAGAGGGUGUCGCGUCUUGCGCUGCGUCCGACACGGGCAGCAUCAUCACGAACCCUGCGUUCGCGCGGCAGAGGAGUGGCCACGGGGCCUCCUUUAGGAGCACCGUGUCGGAUAGCGAGAUAGAGCAGGGCAACUUCCCACGACAACAAAAGCAGCGUACUCCCAGCGUGUGGUCCAGCAAGUCAUCUCUGAGCACAGGGUUUCGCUACCACGGUGGCAACAUGAUCAACACAUCCACCACUCCAAGCCCGGACACUGGUCGCACUUAUUUGUUUGAAGGUCUGAUAGGAAAGGAGAGAUCCACGCUGUGGGACCAAAUGCAGUUCUGGGAGGAUGCCUUCCUGGAUGCUGUGUCGCAGGAGCGAGACAUGGUCGGCAUGGACCAGGGGCCAGGCGAAAUGAUGGAGAGGUACAGCCUGCUGAGCGACACGGAGCGCAAGCGGCUGGAGCACGACGAGGACCGCCUGCUCUCCACCAUGCUGUACAACCUGGUCGCCAUCAUGGUCAUGGUGAACGUCAACAAGCUGGAGCUGAAGCGCAAGGUGCGGCGGCUGCUGGGCAAGAGCCACAUCGGCCUGGUGCACAGCCAGGAGGUGAACGAGCUGCUGGACCAGAUCAACAACCUGCACGGCAACGACAUAGACCUGAAGCCGCUGGGGUCGAGGCAGAUGCACCGGCAGAGCUUCACGGUGCACGCGGGGGUGGAUCCCUCGGGAGACCUGCUGUUCCUGGAGGUGCGGGAGGACGGGCUGGUGCUGCGCUCCGUCAACGGCACCAUCGUCGAGCGCUGGUGGUUCGAGCGCCUCGUCAACAUGACCUACAGCCCCAGGAACCGGGUGCUGUGCCUCUGGCGCAGGAACGGUGGCCAGACCCAGCUGCACAAGUACUACACCAAGAAGUGCAAGGAGCUGUACUACUGCAUCAAGGAGGCGAUGGAGCGGGCGGCCGCGCGGGGCAGCACUGCCCCCUCGGGCGUGGAGCUGGGCGGGGAGUUCCCCGUGGAGGACAUGAGGACCGGGGAGGGGGGGCUCCUGCAGGUCUGCAUGGAGGGCGUGGGCCUGCUGUUCGUCAGCAGCAAGUUCUUCGUCAGACUGGACCAUAUACGCAAGUGCUUUACACAGAAAGGUGGAAUAUUUGUUCUGGAAGAAUUUAAUCCAAAAACAAGACAAGUAAUUCAACGAAAAUAUAAGUCAUCGAUGUCGGACCAGAUCUGCUAUGCAGUGCUGUGCGUGUUCUCGUACAUCGCGGCUGGGCAGGAGCAGCGACGACUGCAAGGAGAGGCCCAGGCGGCGGCCGGAACGCGCCGGCACUGACCCCCGUAGCUGUCGCCCGUCUCCUGCCUGCCAUGGCGUAGAUAGCCCGCUCCCCUAGAGGAAACAUACCCCGCCAUCUUGAUGUUUUACAAAAGAUUGGCUACAGCUUGUGGUGCAAGCGUAUUAUUUAUUAUGCUCAAUAAUUCAUAGGACUUGUUUUUGGACUCUUGUUGAAGCCAACAUUCUUAGACUAGUUUAUCUUAACGUCAACUGAAGCCACAGCUGGUACGUACUGGAGCCUGUUCAUCAAUAACUACAGUCACAGCGAGGAAAAAAUAUUGUGAUGAUUUGUCAAGUAAAUAAUUAGGAUAGGAAUAAAUAUUCCAAAUUCAAGAUGUCAGGUAAUUGUCUUCAUUAACUACAAACCCUUGCUUUGUUUACCAUGCGCAAACUCUGGCAUGGAUAGACUUCGCCAGAACCCAUAGAAAAAAACUAACAAUUUUCCAAAACUGACGGUUUUCAAUUUUUUCCACCCUGUCACUUGUUUUGAUUAUUAAUCUGGACUAAGGCUCACUCGAUUAGUCGUGACUUCAGACGAGGAAGAGUGUUACAGUAGAGUCCUGCUAAUCUGAACUAAUUGGGACAGAGGCCUGUUUGGGUUACCGGUUACCAUAUUUUGUGAGUAGCUGAAUAAUUGCCAUAAAGCAACAGCGUGUAGUAUAAUACAUCUCUGUAAGUAUUAAGUUACCAUAUAACAUAGCCUAUAACACUUUUAAAAGCAUGAAGCCACUUAACAUGUUAAUAAUUGGGUCACGAUAUAGAAAAUUAUUUUUAAAAUGCCAAAUGGGAAUUUUUUUCUUCUUUUUAUUUUCAUCAGAAACUCACUUGGUUUAGCCAAAUUUUUGGCUUAGCCGGACUUCACUGUAAAUUUUUUUUUGGCUUGGAUUUUCCUUUCCUGACUGCAAAGCUAGUCUUAGUCCAACCUCAGUUAGGUUUUGCUAACGUACAAGUGCUCUUCCUUCCACCAAGUUAGGAACUUUAGUUUCACGAAUUCAUGGGUUCAUUAUGAAUAAAUGUGAUUGCGAAAAAGUUUUAAAUAUUUCUUGUGCCUCUUGUAACGAACAUUUGACCUGUAACUUUAUCUAUGCCACUGUACUGUAAAGGCUUUUUUUUUUAAUAUCCUAACGCUGUUCAUUUAGCAUUAUAAUUUUAAACAGCUCUUCGGCUGUAAUUAAUAUCAAUACUUUGUUUGAAAUGCUUGAGCCUGAUACAUACAAAUACAAAUAUUGUAGGUAAUAAAUGCCACUAUAGGUAGUUUUCAAACUGGUUUCCAGUACAAAAAAUUGUUUCUGCAACUGUUAUACUAAGAAAAAAACAAGUUACUGCUGGUUACAGUUAAUUCUUAUGGUUGUUUGCUAUCUGAACAAGUAUACCAGUUACUUUUAUAUGCUUUAUGUUGUACCAAGUAAAUGCAGGUAAAUAAGAGCAUAUUCUUAUUAGAUAUGUGUAAUCAUUAUUUGUGAGGAAAUAAUACAACAUGCACAUUUUUAUGAACAGUAUUAUAGAACACUCAAUGAAAACUAUGAGUUUCAUCUACAUUUUAUUAGUUUAUUACAAUCCUGUGGUUAAGUAUAGUUAUCAGAAACAUCAGCUUGAGUGCAAAAGAAAAUCCUAUUUUAAUCCUUAUCAAACAAGAAUUUUUAUAGUUUUGUAAUAUGUUAGUACUUAUGUGAGAAAUACUAACAUCUAUGAAUGAGUGUUUGUGUUGAAUUAUUGUUUUUUCAGAGGCACUUAUGUGUUAGAUAGUGCAUGAUGCUUAAGUGAGGAUGGAGUGACUGAGUAAAUAUGUGUGCAAUAGCAACAUGAAACAUUUUACUUCACCAUUUGUAAUUUUCUUAAGAAAAAUAUAAUUUAUAAGAAUAGCUGGUUCUUUUUUUAUUAUACUGAAAUGAAUAAUUUUUGUACAAAAGGUUCUACUAUAACAGUGUAGAGGUUGUGGUUGCCUUUUUAUCAAGCACACUGUCUCUUCGAAAUUUUAAAAUUUGUGUCGGACAAUUUCUUGUAAGCCAAAUAAACUUAGCAGAAGACAUUGUGGACACAUAAAGUACAAGUGCUUAGUAAUUGUUGAUGAGUGAGCCCGGAUCGCCCAUCAUAGUCAGAGAAAGAUCAUUAUGAGUUGGUGACUAUUUUUUUUUUUUUCCUGUUUUCAUGUUAUUUGUUUGAUGAUAAAGCUGUAAUUUUUUAAAAAAAUAUUUCCUUGCAAUGUUUUGUCCAAACAUGAGUGUAAAUGUUUUUGUUGUUGACUGUUGACAGAGUGUCAUAGUGCAAAGGGUGCAUGCAAGAAUAAGUUGAGUAAAUGAAGUCGUUAUUAGGUAUGUCCUGAAAUGUGACUGACAAUACAAAUAUAAAUAUGUUCAGUUGGAUAUUAUUUUUGAUGGGUUAAAUUACCCAUGUGUAAACAUUUGAAGCAGUAUAAACAAUUUAAGAAAAGUAGUGUACACAAAAACUUUCACCAUCUGAAUGUAAAUAUUUAAAAGUGUGUGAAUGUGCUAUAAAAUCAUUAAUUAUGAGUACCAACUUUUCAGAAGAGAGAUAAAAACAGUCAUAGGCAAAAAGUUAUAAAUGUUGAUUUUUGUGUAAUAUCCCUUUCCAUAAGAAAAGCUUAAUCCUUCUUAGUUCAAAUCAUUAAAAUUUUUGUAUAUUAUUUCAUUUUAAAUUUAUUCUGAAUAUAACGUAUUUAUUAGUGUUUAAUUCCAGACCUGGAUAUUUAGAAUGGUUCCCUGAAAAAAAUGGUGUGGUAUACCUACAUCCCAAUGAAACUGUCUCUUUUCAUCCAAACUUUUCACAUUGGUUUUACUUUUUCAUGCACAGAGUAUGAAUGCUUAAUAAUUUAGAAUAUUUGUACUUUUACUAAAUUUUAUGUUUAGAAUGCUUCAACAUUUUCAUCUAUGUUUCAGAAAUAUUUGUGCUCUAGUUGUUUUUAAUCAAUAACAUCAUUUGCAUACUCAAAAUUAUUGAAAAAUUGUUCUAAUUUUUAGUAUGCUUUACUUUGUACUUAUUUUAGUAAAAGAGCUCUGUUCUUUGAGUGUGAAUUUUAAAUAUACUUUUUUAAAUAUUUAAUACGAAAAAAUUUUGUUUGAUAUGUAAAUGUUUGUAUAAAGUCAAAUUAUUUAUCCUAGAGAAAAUUUAAAAACACAUUUUUGUAUACAAUGAAUGGUUUGGGAAAACCAAAAGUCAAAGUUAUUUGUGACUUGCUAAGUACUUAAUAUUUUUCUGCAUAACUUUUAAAACUGAGUAAGAUAAAAUUUUCUAAUGAAUAGGAAUUCAGUUUGUAAAUUUGAGGAAUUGUUUUGAAUAGCUAAUUAAAUUGACUGAGGAGUAUUCCCAUUUCAGCAUGUAUUAAGCUAUGGUAAUUUUUUUCCGAUUAAUUCUUUAUAUAUUUACUAAGCAAAAAUAAUUUACAAUUAUAACAUUGUGUGUGUGUGUAUAUUACUAAAGUAAACACUGACGUACGUACAUUUAUUAAUUGGAAGGAAUGUAAAUAUCCUUCGACAUAAAAACACGUUGUUAAUCCAUGUCUUAUUUAAUGAUGCAUAAGUAUUCAUAAUAAAGUGUUCCUUAUAAAUCCUUACUGUAGUCAUAUUUCAGAAGCAGCCUUUAUACACAAGUCGGAAUGUAUUUUAAUAGAGCAAUGGUGUUUCUGUGGUGGCAAGCGAUGAUGAUAGCAUUAGUGACAUGGCAUCACCAGAGACAGUUUAAACCGACUUUGGUGUACCAUAUUAGGUGUCAUUACUUUAGAUAUAUCACAUGAUUGAUAUAAAUUUGUAAUUUUUGCAUCUUGUAUACACUGUUAUUUAAAUAGUCCUGCUCAGCAAUAUGAAAGUGUUUUGUGAUGCCCAUAAAAUCUUGUUUUGUGUAUAGAUGCUAUAUGUGUGUGUUUACUAUAAGUAAAAUUGUAUUGACAGUUUUUGUAGUAUGUAAUAUUUUCAGAGUUGUGAUGAAAUCAAGUUUUUGCAAAUAUUGUAAAAAUAUUAUACAGUGAAUGUCUUUAUUUCUCAAAUAUUCAUAUAAUUUUGUGAUUGUAAAUAAUGGAGAUGUUUCUCUUUGAAUAUAGUGUUGUAAUGUUUAUUUUAAUAAUUAAAUUGUUAUAUUAUUUGUAACUUGAAAAGUUAUCCUCAUGAUAUAGAGAUUAAUUCUGAAAUUUUUGAUGUGUGUAAACAUAUCAUUAAUAAAAGAAACUGAAUCAUGUU